AUGUCGUCUUCCUCCUCUUCAGCCUCCGAGGCCCGUCGUAAGGCCGAGAUCGAGGCCAAGAAAGCCAAGCUCCAAGAAAUCCGUCGCCAACGUGAAGAGCGUGCUCAAAGGCUCAAAUCUACCUCAGCUGCACUUCCGGAGUCCUCCACAACCGCUUCAAGCAGGAAGGAUCUCGAUGAUCUCGUCAACUCGCUCAUUUCGGGCCAGGGAGCAACACGCAGUGGACGUGCUUCCGUCAUUGGCGACCCGUCUUCCCCACGUAAGAGCAUGCUUGCUGGAAAUAGAGCUGUCAGCGGCAUGGAUCCUCCAUCGUCCGAUUUCGGCGGCAGCGAUUUCGAGAUGCCUCCUUCGACGCCUGGUGCGCCGGGUACCGCCGCAACUACCACUACAACUGCAGUGGGAGAUUUCGGCAGCAGCGUACGUUCAGCACCGGUGGAGUUCAUUGAUGUCGAAACCGAGCUGUUCGAGCUACCUCAGAAGCAGCGCGUGUACUACACAAAGGAGGUCCAAACAGCCGUGGUCGGUGAUUCAGACGACGAAUACGAUCCUACCAACAGCAAUGGCCGAAACUUUGGCGGCUCCGGUCCUUCCGGAGGCGUUGGCGCCGAAGCACGUAUCAAAGAGACCGAAGAAUCGCUGCGAGCCAAGAUCCUCGCCGAACACCAAGCCGAUCUCGCCGCUCGACGGGAGGAAGAACGUCUAGAGCACGAAAUCGCCCAACAGCUGCGCGAGCUUACCGAGGACGAGCGGCUCGCCAUCUACUCUGCUCAGGACUUCAGCGACUUUGUCGAACACUCUAGCAAGAUUGUCGAGCGUGCGUUGACGGACACGUACGACUACAUGCGCGACUACCGCAUCUCGGCCGACGACUCGCUCGAUGCACUCAACAGUGGAUCCCAACUACGCAUCGCCCGCAGGUUCGGUGCGGGCGACAAGACGUUUGCGAAUCGCAGCAUCACCGCGAUGGACUGGAGCACCAAGUAUCCCGAGCUGUGCGUCGUCGCGUACAACCGCAACGAUCAGGACGAGGAUGCUCCGGAUGGGCUAGUGGCUGUGUGGAAUAUGCACCUGGGCGAUCGGCCCGAGUUUGUGUUCCACGCGCAGACCGACGUGCUCAGCGUGUGCUUCUCGCCCUUCCACCCGAAUUUGGUGGUGGGUGGAACUUACAGCGGGCAGAUUUUGAUCUGGGACACCCGCGCGCGGAGCUUGCCUGUGCUGAAAACUCCGCUGUCGGCAGCAGGACACACGCACCCCGUUUACGGGCUCAAGAUCAUCGGCAGCGCCAAUGCGCACAACUUGGUCUCGGCGAGCACGGAUGGGACUAUCUGCUGGUGGAUGCUCGACAUGCUCGCCCGACCGCAAGAGACGUUGGAGCUGGUCAACACCUUGCAUCCCAAGACCGACGAGGUGGCGGUGACGUCGUUGGGGCUGGUGGAUCAGGAGACGACGUCUUUCUUGGUUGGCUCGGAGGACGGGCACGUGUAUGCGGGCAAUCGAUACGAUCGCGCCGGGUUGAAGGCCGGGUUGAACAUGAACGAGGUGUACCGUGGACAUGUGGCGCCGAUUACAGGGAUCCAUUUUCAUCCGUUGAAUGGAGGCGCGGUGGUGGACUUUUCGGACCUGUUCUUGACGUCGAGCAUGGACUGGACGUCCAGACUGUGGCGACUCAGGCCUGCUUCUUCCACGGCCACGUCGUCAUCAGCGGGGGGGAUCACUCCGAGCAGCUCUCUCACAUCCGGCUUGAGUGCGGCCCGAACCAGCGCUGCCGCCGCAUCCUCAACCAGUGCCGGUGCAGCGGGUCUGGGCUCCAUCCUCAGCUUCGAAGAGUCAAACGACUACAUCUACGACGUCGCCUGGUCGCCCUCGCACCCCGCCGUCUUCGCCCAAGUCGACGGCACAGGCCGUUUGGACGUCUUCAAUCUCAACCUCGACACGGAGCGGCCCGUGACUUCGAUCACACCCUCCUCCCCCUCCGCCACCGCUGCCUCCUCCUCUGGCGCUGCGACGAACGGCGAGGGGACGGUGGACGCUGCGGCGACGGCGGCGGGGCGGGCGCUGAACAAGGUCGCCUGGGCCCGCAACGGGAGGAAGCUGGCCGUGGGCGGCUCGGAGGGCGUGGCGUACGUGUAUGAGGUGAACGAAGGGCUGGCGGGGGCGGGGGAGGACGAGUUCAAGUUGUUUCAGAGUGUUGUGGCCAGGUUGCUGUCUACGGCGGGUGCUGCCGCGGGAGGUGCGGGUGGGGUCCGAGUCUAG